GGCGGCUGCAGCUGCGGCGGUGGCUUCAGAGGCCCCGGGGUCCUUGCAGGUUGUGGAAGAGGACCCCGAUCCCCUUCUUCCUCAGGUCAUAAGAAGCUGGCCUUGGUGCAGUAAGGAACUUAAAACAAUGGAGGAGCGCAAAGUGAAGAGGAGGAGUCCUAAGUCUUUUAGUGCCCACUCUACUCAGGUUGUUAAUGCCAAAAAAAAUGCCAUUCCAGUUAGUAAAAGCACGGGGUUUUCAAAUCCUGCAUCACAGUCAACUUCACAGCGACCAAAGUUAAAAAGAGUGAUGAAAGAAAAGACCAAACCUCAGGGUGGAGAAGGCAAAGGCGCUCAGUCAAGCCCGAUCCAGCACUCCUUCCUCACCGAUGUCUCUGAUGUCCAGGAGAUGGAGAGGGGGCUCCUCAGCCUUUUGAAUGACUUCCACUCUGGAAAACUCCAAGCAUUCGGAAAUGAAUGUUCCAUUGAACAGAUGGAACAUGUUCGGGGAAUGCAGGAGAAAUUAGCUCGCUUGAAUUUGGAGCUCUAUGGGGAGCUAGAGGAACUUCCUGAGGAUAAGAGAAAAGCAGCCAGUGACGCCAAUCUGGAUAGGCUUCUGUCUGAUCUAGAAGAAUUGAAUUCGUCCAUAAACUCUAGAGCUGCACUGUCCAAUAUGGCAGCCACUAGCCAAGUAACUACUGAGCACAUGAAGUGUUGGCAACAUGGAUUGACAUGUGCUUUAAGUAAAAUGUGCACACCUGAUUUCAAAGAUUUAGAAUGAAAAGAUGUAAACUAUCUCAAUAUUUUUAUGAUUA